AUGUUAGAGACCGACAUCCCCAAGGCCGUGCCCGAGGAGGCGACGGUGUCGCCCACCUCUCCCACCUCUCCGCUCGCGAAUUCGCGGUACAGCAAACACAUCGUGUUAACCACCUACCCCGGCCAAAGCGGCAUCGACCCCGUCCCGCUGGAAUGGGGCGCCGGCGACGCCAAAUCGCGCGGCCCCGUCAUCGUGUCCCGCAGCCCCGCCCUGCUCAAGCGGCGCAACGCCAUGGGCGCCCACGGCGGCAGCUACAGCAUCUACAACGCCCUGGCCAUCGCCGCCGGCGACCUCGAGCCCGACUUCCGCCCCGACCUCAGCAACAGCCAGCCCGUCUUCAACUUCCCCUGGCAGCCCGCCUGGGGCGACAAGACCAAGAUCGUGUCCAUGGACCCCUGGGGCCAUGACAUCGUCAACCAGUUCCGCGACGAGCUGUCCGCCGGCUGGGACAUCCGCCCCACCAUGGCCAUCACCCGCGCCAACAUGAACUUCGCCGAGAUCACCGAUUCCGUCCGCGACGGCACGCUCAACGUCGACGGGAACAUUGUCGUGGACCAGUCCGGCGAGGUCCGCGUGACCAAGGUCGCCGUCGAGCCGGUGUGGUAUCUGCCUGGCGUGGCGGAGCGGUUCGGCGUGGACGAGGGCACGCUGCGUCGCACCCUGUUCGAGCACACGGGCGGUAGCUACCCCGAGCUGAUCACCCGGCCUGAUCUGAAGGUCUUUCUGCCUCCCAUCGGCGGGCUGACCGUGUACAUCUUCGGGCCGCCCGAGCGGGUCUCGGACGAGAAGGUCAAGCUGGCGCUGCGUAUUCACGACGAGUGCAACGGCAGCGACGUCUUUCAGUCGGAUAUCUGCACGUGCCGGCCGUACCUGGCGUUCGGAAUCAAGGAGGCCAUCCGGGAGGCGCAGAACGGCGGCAGCGGCGUGGUGAUCUACUUCCGAAAGGAGGGUCGUGCCCUGGGCGAGGUGAUCAAAUACCUCGUAUACAACGCCCGCAAGCGCGGCGGCGACACGGCCGACAAGUACUUCACCCGGACGGAGAACAUCGCCGGUGUGCGCGACAUGCGCUUCCAGGCCCUCAUGCCCGACAUCUUGCACUGGCUCGGCAUCAAGAAGAUCGACCGCAUGCUGUCCAUGUCCAAUAUGAAGCACGACGCCAUCGUGCAAUCCGGAAUCAAGAUCCUGGAACGCAUCCCCAUCCCCGAGGACAUGAUCCCGACGGACUCGCGCGUGGAAAUUGACGCCAAGAUCAACGCCGGGUACUUCACGACGGGCAAGCAGGUCACCAUGGAGGAGCUGGCUGCGGUCCGGGGCCGGGGGUGGGAGAAGUGGGAGGAUAUUACGGUGAGCGUCUGGUGCCCCGCCGUAACCUUCAUCGACCCCACAACCGACAGCCUCGACCUGACCUCCCAAACGCAAUACUUCCGCUACCUCUCGACGACGGGCCUCACGGGGCUCGUCAUCCUGGGCACCAACUCGGAAGCCUUCCUCCUGACGCGAUCGGAACGCCGAACGCUGAUCUCGACCGCGCGCGCCGCCGUCGGCCCCUCCUACCCGCUGAUGGCAGGCAUCGGCGCGCACUCCACCAAACAAGUCCUGGAGCUGGCGCACGACGCCGCCGCGGCGGGCGCAAACUACGUGCUGGUCCUCCCGCCGGCGUACUUCGGCAAAGCGACGACCCCCGCCGUCAUCAAGCGCUUCUUCAGCGACGUCGCCCGGAACUGUCCCCUGCCGGUCGUGGUGUAUAAUUUCCCGGGGGUGUGCAAUGGCGUGGAUUUAGAUAGUGAGGUUAUUACGGAGAUUGUGCGGGAAUCGGCCGCGGCGAACGUGAUGACGGGCGUGUCGAACGUGGUCGGGGUGAAAUUGACCUGCGGCUCCGUGGGCAAGAUCUCCCGACUGGCUGCGACGUUCAGCAAGGACGAUUUCGCCAUCUUUGGCGGUCAGUCGGAUUUUUUGCUCGGGGGGCUCGCGGCCGGCAGCGCCGGGUGUAUUGCCGCGUUUGCGAAUGUGUUUCCCAAGACGGCCGUCCGCGUGUAUCGACUCUUCGUGGAGGGGAGGAUCGAGGAGGCGAGGUCGUUGCAGGGCGUGGCCGCGUUGGCUGAGAGUCCUUGUAAAAGUGGCAUCGCGGCAACCAAGUAUGCUGUGGCGUGCUUUUCCGCAAAGGCGGCCGGGAUUGAGGGCGCAGAGGACAAGUUGAGGCCCCGCACGCCGUAUGAGGAGCCGGAUGAGGCGGUUAAGGGCAGGGUUAGGGGGGUUAUGGCGGGGUGUGAGGCGGUGGAGAGGGGCCUUUAG